CCGGAAGUAUGCGGCGGUGACUCCUCCCGGCCCGGUAGUGAUGACACGCAGCUGCAGCUUCUUCCAGAAGUUUCCACUCACGGGUUUAAUGACUCGACAUCAUCGGUCGGAUUCUCCCGGUGAGAAAACGCAGCGUCGCGGUGUUGUGUUGUUUAAUAUCUGCGACAUUUCCUCGCGUCGUGUCGGUUCGGAGUAAAAAAAAAAGUUACCCGCUGUGGGAGUGUGACAAGUCGGGGGAGCGACCCGCUAGCUAGCCCAGCUACUGCGGCGGAGCCUGUCCCGGUCACCACCGACAGGACACGCUGGAUGUGCCGCUGCCACGGAGCAGACACCGAAGCCUUGGAUGAUGCUUGUAUGAGGAGGAACUGAGCGGACUCUGUGAUGGGGAAAGAUUACUACAAAGUGCUGGGAAUAGCCAGAGGUGCGUCCGAGGAGGAGAUUAAAAAGGCGUACAGAAAACAGGCCCUGCGCUACCACCCCGACAAGAACAAGUCUCCCGGAGCAGAGGAUAAAUUCAAGGAGAUCGCGGAAGCCUACGAUGUCCUCAGCGACGCCAAGAAGAAGGAAAUCUAUGAUCAAUAUGGAGAAGAAGGAUUAAAGGGUUCGGUCGGUGGUGGAGGUCGAGGACACAGCGGUCCAAACUACAACUACACCUUCCAUGGAGACCCUCAUGCAAUGUUUGCAGAGUUCUUUGGAGGCCGCAGCCCGUUUGACCAUUUCUUCUCACAGAAUGGGGAGGAUGAUAGGGACAUCAACGACCCUUUCACAGGGUUUGGCAUGGGAGGCAUGGGAGGCAUGGGGGGGUUUCACAGGCCCUUCAAAUCCCAUGCAGGAGGCCCCCGCAGAGCGCAUGAGAGGAAGAAGGACCCACCCGUGGUGCAUGAGCUGAAGGUGAGCCUCGAGGAGGUUUUCUCAGGCUGUUCUAAAAAGAUGAAGAUCUCCCGCAAGAGACUGAACCCGGACGGCUGCACCAUGCGCAGCGAGGACAAGAUUUUAACAGUCGACAUCAAACGUGGCUGGAAGGAGGGAACAAAAAUCACCUUUCCCAGGGAGGGAGAUGAAACUCCCACCAACAUUCCUGCAGAUGUGGUGUUCGUGGUCAAAGACAAACCCCACCCAGUCUUCAGACGAGAGGGCUCAGAUAUCAUUUACCCUGCAAAAAUAUCACUCAGAGAAGCGUUGUGUGGAUGCACAGUCAAUGCACCAACGCUGGACGGCCGGACCAUCACUGUGUCUUCCAGAGACGUUGUCAAACCUGGAAUGAAGAAGCGCGUCACCGGAGAAGGGCUGCCUCUGUCCAAGUGCCCCGAUAAAAGGGGCGACAUGAUCUUGGACUUUACCGUUAAAUUCCCUGACAAACUCGGACAAAGCACACGGGACGCUCUCAAACAGAUCCUCCCACCGUGACUUGAUGAUUGAAGUUUGCCCUAAAGUCUAACAAGCUAACAUUUCCAGUGCAUUAGCAAAUUCUUUUUAGCCAGACCACUUGAGGCACAGGGUUCGGUUCCAGCUGUGUAAUUUUACCACGUGAACACCAAAUCCACAUUCUGAGCCAGUAUCCAGUCAGUGUAAUGAGUGUCUCAAAACGUGUGAACUGACAGCUGAGGUUGAGUCAUAGUGUUAAGCAACGGCCUACUUCAGUGUCAGGCUCUAGUUAGAAAAGUAAACAGUAGAAAGUGUAUGUGUAUGUAAAUGUUAUGGCGGCAAGAAGGAGAGGGAGUUAACAGUCGCUGAAUUGUAUCGACUGAAAAUUUGAUUUAGAGUUGGAGGGCAUGGUUUCAGUUAAGCACUUUUUGGGAAAUGCUUUGAAGUAGCACCCAGCUGAUUAACAAUACCUCAGGUGCAAUGACGUAUGCUUGAAUGUAGCUAUAACUACAUUAAUAGACAGGAUGUGAUUAGUUUCAACUGCCCAUGUCCCCGUUCAGCUCUGGUAUUAACGUCCAUCCUGAGUGAACUGUCCACAAGUGGUCAGCACCAAGUUCAGGUAUGGACGCACUGUGAACUCGAAGCACCGCCUCCUCAGCCGACGUCCUCUGAUCCGCUUCAGCUUCUCAAAGAAUCAAAAAAAUCAUCCACUGAUUUAUUUGUCGCCACAAUAUCGACACUGACCGAUACACUUAAUGGGAAAAAACUUUGUUUACUCCUCGCUCAUUCAUUCAGUACCUCCUGACUCUGCUGUGCUAUCUCACUCACACACACACACAUUUUUUUCAAACACAUCUGUAUCCAUUAAUUAUUAUUUGCAUAUAGAGCAAGGAAGUGAGCUCUGAUCAGAGGUCAGAGGAGACACAUUCAGGACAAAUGUAAUACCAGGUGUGAAUUGACAAACUUAGAGCUGUUCACUUGUGAUCACAUCUCUCAGGACGAAUACCAGGUCUGAACGGGCCCUAUGACACUUAAUGUAAGGGCCACAUUCUCAUAAGUCGUCUGGAAAAAUAAACCUAAAAUAUCCACAGGCCUAAAAACGCUGGUGUGUGGAGUGUCAAGUUCCGGUUAUAUAGCCUUACAUAUGAAUCAUCCCGUUUUCUCACAGUCAUGUAGCAUCAUAAACAUUUUAAAUGUAGGAACGAGGAAGCACUUCUCUCAGAUCAGUAUCCUCUAUCAGGAGAUAUCUGAGUUUACUUAUCAAAAAAAUCAGAUGUGCUGAAGAUUUCCCAUCUUACAAAAUGUUUACUUUAACAAUAUCCCGUUUCAGCAGCACUGCGCUCUUUACUGUGUAACCUAGUAGAAUCAUUGUGCCAAAUAAUUAUCCCUGUGCAAUUUAAAAAUAUGUACGUGUGACGUCUAAAAUGUUGAGCAUGUGUGUGUCCCGUCGUGUGUGGCUGACAAAUGACUUAAAUCUUAAAGCUAAGUUCCUUCAUUUGUACCUUUAAAGACGCGCGACAUUUGUGUGAAAUUUCACUUCCUCCUCAUUUGUUUCUGCUCUGUUCGAUGAGUAAUUUCAUCUGAGGCCACUGAGCAUUUUGUCUUUUCUUUUUUUAUGAGACAUGAUAUAACACUGGUGCUUAAUUGCGAUGCAAAAUGUGUUUUAGCCCCUGAUUUAAAGGCCUGCAGAAUAUAUAUAUAUUUUAAAGCCUACGUUAUUCUGCCUUAUAACAAACCCUUUUCUUAUAUCUCAUAUCCGACAGUGUUCGCUCCAACAUCCACAGUAUCUGGAAAUGUUUUAAGUUUUACACCUCAGUAAGAACUCUGCGUCACGUUUAGCUCCGUGCAGCUCUUACUGUGGAGGUUUUGUAAACCAUGUGGUUCAUUUGCACCUUUUUUUCAGUGUUGACAUGUCAACUGCGAGAAGAAGCGACGAACUUCAAGGCCGUCGUUACUUUCCUAAACCUGCUCCUGCUGGAGUUUUAAGUUUCUAAGUGACAAACAUGUGGUUUAACAUGAUUGUAGUAGAGAUGUGUAAUCUCUGUAAUGUUGAACUUUUUUUGUUUUUUGAAAGGUUUUUUUCCUUUUUACGGGAAAGUGUAUAUGUAUUUUAUUUGUUUGACCUUUUGUUUUGUUUGACCUCUUGUUUCUGUUUUUCUUCAGAGUGGGACUUAGGAUCUAAUUUUUUCAAAGGUUUUUCCUAUGCUGUGAUGAUUUGAUUUUCCAGAUUAAAGAAAGUGACAAAUAUGUCAUUGAUUAAGGCCUGUAUAUUUUGAUCAAUGAGGAUGUUUUACUUUGAUUAAAGCAUUUCCCCC